CUCAAACCCGGAUGUCCUGCGCGCCGCGGACACGGUAGCGAGCUUGAUGCUGGUAGAGGGGGGGAAAAAGCACACGAUCACUUCUGAAGGACGCAAAGAAACACAGCCAUCGGCCGGAACACUUUUGCUUCUUUUGCACCGUCUGGGCGCCGUAGUUUUGUGUCGGCAGACUCUUGGGCACACGGAAAAAGCCUUGGGCGAUGUCAGGACAGAGGAAAGGAGCUGCGGCGCGACUGCCUAAAUGUGCCUUCUGCAGAACCAACCGGGACAAGGAGUGUGGGCAGCUGCUGGUGUCUGACAGCCAGAAGGUGGCAGCUCACCAUAAGUGCAUGCUUUUUUCUUCGGCUCUGGUCACUUCACACUCAGACAGUGAAAACAUUGGAGGGUUUUCAGUCGAGGAUGUGAAAAAGGAGAUCAAGAGGGGAAACAAACUGAUGUGUUCUUCUUGUCACCGGCCGGGCGCCACGAUCGGCUGUGACGUCAAGACCUGCCGGAGGACGUAUCACUAUUACUGUGCUCUGAAGGACAAAGCCCAGAUCAAAGAGAAUCCCUCGCAAGGGAUUUACCUCAUUUAUUGUCGCAAACACCGGGAUGCUUCUCAGGAUGGCAUUCAAGAUGAAGAGGGAGCUGUGGCCAAUGAUUCAGACUCGUCACCUCCACAAAGUCGAGGCAGGGGAAGGUUUGAGAAGGGCAGAGCCAAGGUGGGAUCUCGUGGCCAGUCGGAAGAAACGCGCUCCACCUCCUCACAGGCUGCAGACGAAGAGAGCUCCUACCACGUAAGGGACCCCCGGGCCUCUUUCUCAAAUUCACGGGACAGAUCACCUCUUCGGGCCAGUCCAGGAGACGGAGGCCAACGCUGUGGGUUUUGCCACGCUGGUGACGAGGAGAAUGAAACGAGGGGCAUGCUUCAUACGGAUAACUCCAAGAAAGUGGCUGCGCACUACAAGUGCAUGCUUUUUUCAUCGGGGACAGUACAGCUGACCACCACAUCGAGGGCCGAGUUUGGAAACUUUGACGUGAAAACGGUCAUCCAGGAAAUCAAGAGGGGCAAAAGAAUGAAAUGCACCCUCUGCACUCAGCUGGGUGCUACCAUUGGAUGUGAAAUCAAGGCAUGUGUGAAGACCUACCACUAUCACUGCGGCCUGCAGGACAAAGCCAAGUACAUCGAAAACAUGGCGCGCGGCAUUUACAAACUAUAUUGUAAGAACCACAGCGGCAACGAGGAGAGGGAUGAGGAAGAUGAGGAACGAGAGAAUCGUAGCAGAGAGAGGGCGGCAAUUGACCACGGAGGAACACCAUCAGCACAAGUGAAUGGUAACUAGGCUUGACCCGACAGAUGUGACAUGGAGGCAAAAAACAGAAGAACUGAAAGACGUGGGAGAGAUAUUUUUUUAUACCAAGUCUACGAGCUCUCGUGAGUCUUUUCACGCCGUCUCUUCCAGUAAACGGACAAGAUGUACCGAUGUGCACCAGAUGUCUUCUUCAUGAAUCCCUGUUUUUGAGUUAACUGGAUCUGGAUGAGCUUUUCCCAGACUGGAGGUACUCUGCAAAGCAGCGGACUGCCACAACAUCAUGGCUAAUCUAUCCCAGAUUUCAGUUACGGGCUCUGUUGCCAACACAUACAUUUUUUUUUUUUUUUUGGCGUGAAUAAGAUGGACUGAUAUUUUGAUUGUCAUUCACUUCCUGUGUCCACACAGAUUUCCUAACCCACACUUGCUGAAAGUGGGAAACAUUCUUCCCCUCCCUUAGCUUCUAAAGGACUCCCUUUUAAGUGGGGUCUGUUUGUUACUAGUCUCUUUGAAGUUGUGCAGUUUGAUUACCUUGUUUCUGUAAUCAUGUCUUAAGAAUACUCUUUACUUGUUAGCCUUUCUUUCUUGAUAUGUAAUAUUUUGCUACUGUAUUAUCAUCAUGAGUACUUUUGAAUAUCUGGAUUUCAGACAGUCACAUUUACAGGUUUUGCCAGCAUGCACUUGGAGUUUCCCACUGUUAAAGGUGGUGUUUUUUUAUUUAGCUGCUAAAGGGCAAAGUAGAUCCCUUUAGAGGAGUUGGCUUGACUUUGUUUGGUGUACUGUUACUUGUAUCUCUACAAAUGUAUCCAUGAAUGAUUGGAAUAGAAAAUAUUUUAUUUUACACA